AUGAACAAGAUCCUUUCAACCACUCUUUGCUUUGGACUCCUAACUUUGUUAUCUGUAAUGAUAUUUUUCGAAUUGGUGCAUGGACGGCCAUAUCUUACCCAAGGAAAUGAAUUGUUUCCAGAUAAAGAAGAUGCAAACCACGAAGAACUAUUGCUGGCUCUACUGAAUAAAAAUUUUGAUUUCCAAAGACCUUCUAGCAUUGAUACAGAACUGACUGGCAAAUUGGAAGAACUUAACCAGCUGGAAAAUCUAAAAGAGCAGCUCGCAGAGGCCAAAGAUUCGGAGAUAUCCUAUGCUAUAGGUGGUCUAUCUUCUUCCCAUCCCAAUAAGCGAGACCUGUUGGCUAAAAGGACAAUUCCAAUAAUUGGCAGAGGAACAGGGACAGGAUAA